AACAAAGAGCAAGGAAUGGAACUAUUUGUUUUGGAAAAUAGAAGUGGGAACACCCUUCAUCAUAAAGUCAAUCCACCAGCUGUUCGCUUCUUCCUCCUUGGAUCUGAAUCUUUCUAAGCUCACAUGCAGCUCAACAGAGAGGAUUGAGUUGAUCAAUGUUGAAAGAACAACCCAAGAGCUCAGGCCAACAAAGAGAAACUCUCUGUCUCCCUCUCUCAAAGUAGCUGCAAGGAUCUAUUUGGAUGAGAAAUUGGGAGCCGAACAAGUAUUAUAUUUCUCUGUUACAGACAAUCUUUGACGAAUUCCUUUAGAAAAUCCAAGACCAUAAUAUGCCUCAAGACAGUCGAAGAUCAGUUGGCUACAGAUCAUUUGUCACAUGUGAUGAUCCGAAAGGUGUUGUUGAAUGUGGGACAAUCAGAAAAUCCAAGAAUGAUUCAAAAAAAUUGAAGCAUAAGAUUGAAAGUCGAGGAACGCCCAAGAAAUCGAUUACAUCUUUGAUUUGCAAGGAAGAGAGAAGGGAGAUGGAAUCUAAAGGGAUCACAGAAGGAUUAAAUAAUCCAUCUACGUUUCAACUCUUGGAGGUGUCUAGAGGAGCUCGGAAGCUGAACAAAAUGAUUGAUUCAUGGUCUCAGGGGCCAAGCAUUGAUGAGCAGUCCAACGAUAUUGCUAAAGAUUUGUUGAAAGGAGCUCUUGACUUGCAGGAGUCUCUAAUCAUGCUCGGCAAGUUACAGGAGGCGUCACGGUAUAUGGCUCAGUUGAAGAAAAAGCAGAAGGAGAAGUCAGAAAGAGGAAGAAAUGAAGAAUUGGGGUCUGAAAGAAUGAACUCCAAUCGAUUUGGAGACUGCAAUUACCAUAUGGGAUUUCAAAAGCCAAGGCUUUCUGUUGAUGGGUCUUCAAGGAAUUCUACUGAGGAACUUAAGAGAGUGAUUAGAGACAGCUUCGCCAGGCAGAAUCUCACGCAGAGCAUAGCUGCUCAAGAAAAGUCUUGUUUUAACCGAAGAAAAUUAGACUCAGCUUUGGAAUUCCCAUCAGCAAGCUCGAGCCAAUCUUCAUUGGUUCACUCUGAUGACACUCCUUUUGCUGACUCGCUUUCACCAGUGGAUUCCUCGAAGAAGACAAAAGGGCCGAAUUUGAUUGCCAAGCUUAUGGGUCUAGAAGAAUUCCCCUCAAAACAAUUCCAGACCAUUUCCCAAAAGCAUUCGGAGGGUGGGAAGACACCAAAUCAGAAGAGACCUCUCUUUGAUAUCGAUAUGCCAAAGGUGAGGAAGUCUCAGUCUGCUGUCCAGAAGGAACUGGAAGCUGAAAAGAAGCCGGUCAAAAGGAUAAGAGAGGAAGGUGAUAGGUACUGUAAAGAGUUAGUUCGGAAAUCAGAAGAAAAAGAAGCCAAGACUAAGGAGAAAGCUUCAAACAAGAUGAAAGCUGGUGUUUCUGUGAAUCAACAAGCGCAGAAAAAGGAGAUGAUUGACAAGAAAGCUGACAACAUCCAAAAGGCGACACCCACAAACAGGAGGAGGAAAACUACAGAGGAGAGCGUGAAAUCCAACAAUGUGUCAAAAUCUCAAGAUCAAGCAGAGGUAACUUCUAAAAUGCUCAGAAAGCCUGAAAUUGGAACAAACAUCUCAAAGAAUCAGACUUCCCGACGACAUAGUAAAGCCACAAAUGCCAUCACAAAAGACACAUCACAAUCCAUAUUGCAUGACUCAGCCAGUCAAAAGAUUCAGACAAAGAAGGAAAAGCCAGUCAGGGAGAGACGGGCAGCUAAUUUAGUUGAGGAGGAUUUAGGAUGCCAAGCUGAUGGCAAGAGGAUUGAUCUGACAUGUGAAAACAACUCUGUUGUGGAAAGAAUCGACACUACGCUUGCAGAUGAAUUCCCUUUGAAGGAGGAAACAGACACCUCUGGACUUCAAAUUGAAGAAUACCGCAGCAACGAUCUGUGUUCACUGCAGGAAGUUACAAUGCUGAGCCCCCAACAUGAAAAGAGUGUCAAACCUGCCGAAGAAGUUUCUGAUCAUAUUGUUCCCAGUAGAAUGAAGAGGAAAAGCUCUAAAGCCAUUACCAAUCUGAAAGCUUUGCUCUCAAGCAAUUCAUCAUUCCUCAGUCGUGCUGAUGAGAUAUUUGAUCUCAAUGUGACUCAACCAACUCCUUUAAGCCUUCAAGAUUCUCAAACAGCACAUCCUCUGUCGCAAACCAGCUUGGGGAAUUCAAUAGCCUGCAUCUCUCUGGACCAGUUGGUGGAUGAAGUCUGUGAUGGGGUUGAGCAUCUCACCAGCUAUAGUAAGCUUGCUGGUGAGAAUCUUCCUACAGAUAGCAUCUACGCAAUGCUGCAUUGUGAUCUAAAGUUCAAGGGGCCGAUAACUGGUAUAUGGGAUUUGGGGUGGAGGAAUGGUUUUUCUAUAGAUGAAGUUGAGCAAGUUGUGGUUGAUAUACAGAAGUUAGUUUUAAGCAGGUUGAUCGAGGAUAUACUUAUAGAUUUUGCGCUUUAGAAGUUUCCUUCAUGCUCAUUCAGACAUGAAGGUUCUACUAGAUGUCAGUACUACUGUUGUCUGUAAAAAACGAUUACUUCGAUUAAUACAAGAAGGGAGGAUUGAAAUUGCUGGCUUGGGCCACAGUGCUGUUCUUGCCGUAUCA